AUGUAUGUGGGAUACCUCUUGGAUAAAGAAGGCAGCAUGUAUCACCAAGGACCUGUAAGACGAUCGGGCAUCAACAUCCCACCACAGAACUUUGUUUCCACGCCACAAUAUUCCGACUUUACUGGAUACCAUCAUGUGCCAAACAUGGAUACUCACGCACAGUCUUCGGGGGCUUGGGGAGCUCCUUAUGUCGCACCGAGGGAGGACUGGGGCGCCUAUAGUCUGGGGCCUCCUAACACUAUUCCUACGCCCAUGAACACCUCCUCGCCGGGACAAGUUUCCUAUUGCUCACCUGAAUACAAUCCCAUGCACGCGCCAGGGUCAGCAGUAUUGCAACCACCUCCAGAUAAUAUUUCUGUUGCUCAAGUUUCCCCGGAUAGAGAAAGGCACAAUUCUUCUUACCAGUGGAUGAGCAAAACGGUACAAUCAUCUUCUACCGGUGAGAAAGGUCACAAGCAACUAUAUUGUGCCUCUACAUGCAUGCCACUGUUAAAAUCAUUCGUGCAAUGAGCACAGCCUCAACUCAUGCCAAACUACAUAUUCAUAUUGUCCUAAGAAGAGCCGGAAUUGUUGUAUUUUCUCUUGCGUAAUUGUGCUGUGAAAACUGCUGGUGUUGGCUCAUAAACUUGUGCAACAGGUAGUAUAUAGAGAAUUGAUACAAUAUAAACAAUAAUUGCAUAAUUUAAUGAUACAUCUCACUGUAAAAGCGAAUAACUUUAUGCAUAAUACGUAAUGAGUACAUUUGGGUAAAUUUGAGGUGAUAUUCGUAACGAAUAGGAAGCACUGACAUGACAUUCCUUUUAUCUGUAACUGUUCGUGGUCUCAAACGAAUCAUCUAAUCAUGUUUUAAAUUAGAUGUCACCAAAAUUACACAGUAGCAUGUGAAAUGUUUGGAAAUUGUUAAUUCAGUUUGGUGUUAGGCUAAUUUUGAAACAUGUAAGAUGCAACUUCAAGGCACUAAAUUGUAAAUUGCACCAGACUCAAAACAGAAGAGAAAAUAGGAAAAGGAUAGGAACUAGAUCGAACGUAUCAAAUUCAUUAUUGACAAUGCAACUGUAGGUCUACCAUCGCGAUAAUGGUCUGAUAAAGUAUGAUAUUAAUUAAAACAUCUUAGUUAUUUUCUGAUACAGGCCUAUAGCCUUGUGGAGGAAACGAUGAACGUGUCAAGAAAGAGCGCCAGACGCUACUUGUAAUGCUAAUUUCUCUACUCCCGUCGACUAGAUGCGAGGUCUACUUUUCCUGCUACAUUGUCUCAGGUUUUGAGGGUUAUCCGUCAUAUUCAGGUGGCGGCCCCUUUCAACACCUCGUUUUACUUUGAUAUGCACCAAAGUGUCUUCCUCGGCUCCCAUUCUUCCAGUUAUAUUGCCGGAAAAGGUGACGUUUUUCACAGCAAAUAAAGGUCUUUGACGAAUAUAUACAAAGCUUUAUAACUGGGCAAUAAACCACAACAUUUCUUAAUUGUCUAGAAAUGUGUAAAAAAAAUAAUAGAAUUCGUUCACUGUGGACAAUAUUUAUCAAUUAAGCCACAGUAAUUUAUAAGCCUCAAUUAACCCGUACAUUUCGUUUAUAGCCCCCCCAUUUUUCUUAUUAGGCAAACCUAUCAAAUGUGUUAUCAUGUGUUUAAAAAAAAAAAUUCUAGGAGGCUCUCUCUGGCCCUGUAAAACUUAUCAAGCAUGACCUAGGCUAUAACUAUGGAUAUCAAAAUGUUUCAAUGUUGUUCAAAACGACUAAUAUUAUUUUCUACCUAAUAAAAGGUGCCGACGUGUUUAUGGUUUAUCAACAAGAGCAACCUGAUCCGAGCUAGAGAAAUGUCUGCCUUGUAAGUCCUUUAUGUGUCGUGUGUUGCCUCUUAACACAUCAAUGGAGUUUAGCUAAUAUCUCUGAGACUCUUUGUUCUGCAGUUUGUUCAAAAAGUGACAUCAAAAGAAGACCAGUGGCUCGAUUAGCAUAGCUACCAACAAAGCAACACAAUCUAGAUUAACACGAUAGUCACCACUUCAGUUGAUAGAGCCUAAAGACGUUUCAUAAACAUUUAGAGAGUUAUUAGAUAAGUGAAGCAUCAAGUUUAAUAUGCGUUUUGAUAAGUAGCCUGUUGAUUAUCCUACCUCUCUAGUAUUACUUGCUAUAAAUACUCAAAAUUACUAAUUUAAAGGGGAAUUUAAAACAAGAUUUCACUUUAGAGAUUAAAUAGCCUAUUGCCCCCUGUAUUUAUCAAUCAUUCGAAUACCAUGAAAUUGCAUCGUUGCUUUGCAUCAUAUUCGUUGUUCAUUGUGACGGAUAUUUUAAAAUUAGGCCUACGAAGCAUAGCCUAUUGAAUUCUCUGAAUUUCUCACAAUUUCAGGCAAAACAAGAACGAAGGAGAAAUACAGAGUGGUUUACACCGAUCACCAGAGACUGGAACUGGAGAAGGAAUUCCAUUUUAAUCGUUACAUCACUAUCAGAAGAAAGUCAGAACUUGCGGGGAACCUUGGCCUUUCAGAACGACAGGUAAACCAAUUAAUUGAUAGAGCAUUAGGGCCCUAGACUUGACAAAUCAAAUGAUAACGAAUAGCCAUUUUGACAAGUUUUUAUUAUACAUUUACAGGUGAAGAUCUGGUUUCAAAAUCGCAGAGCCAAGGAGAGGAAAUUAAUCAAAAAGAAAAUGGGAUCUGAUUGCAGCGGAGGAUCAGUGCACAGUGACCCCGGUUCAGUGAGUCCUCUGCGGAUACCAGCUUCACUCAGUCCGUCGGAUAUUCACGGCUCUCUCUACCCACCCCCCGGAAGGAACACCAUGCCAUCUAUUAGGAACAUACAGCAAGCUACUGUCACUCAGUAG